AUGGAGACGGUCGGGAGAAGAGGGGGCGCGCCGCUGGGAUGUCUCCUCUGGAAGACGCUGCUUCUUCUUUUCCUGUGGAAAGUGUCCGACAGCCGAGCAGGAGCAGUCGGCGGCGGCCCGGGCGGAGUGCAGGACUCCUCUCAGCCCCGCUUCUCCUCCUCCCUCCCCACCUACCUCCCCGUCCAAUGCCAGCUGAGCGGCGCCGACUCCGCCUUCUUCCUGCGGGAAGCCAACCAGGAGGUGAUGCGGAACGGCAGCCUGUCGUCGCGCACCGAGCCCUUCUUCCUCCACCAGCUGGAGCCGGGCGUCGCCGCGCCGCACGCCCUGCCCAGCAUCAACUGCAGCUACGGAAACCAGAGCAUCGAGCAGCCAAUCCCGGUGGAGCUGCUCCAGGGUCCGCCGCCGCACCUGUCGCUCUCCACCAACCAGGUGACGCUGAACUGGAAGGUGAAAGGUCAAGUGGUGGUGCCCAGAGUGGGGUCGACGAGGCCCUGGAUACAGGUGUUGUUCUACCUGGUCGGGCGGCGCUGGGACGAGCCCGACCCGCCUCCUCCGUCCCUCCUCCCGUGCGUCAGAGCCUUGGCCGUCCGUGACACCAGCGAAGCAGCACCCUCGGCAGGCUGCCGGCUCGUGGGACCAUCUGGCAUCUGCGUCGUCCGUCUGGAGAUUCCCCCGGCUUGGUUUACGCCACCGCAAGUGAGAAAAAGACCUCCUGAAGUGACUCUACCGUCAGUGGACGUCUACUACUCAAUCCUACCAGUGGAAGGCGCCGGUCAGGAGUGUCCGUCCGUCGUCAACGAGCCGUGGAGGGGUCAGAGUGCAAACGUCGGGCCUUUCGGGGGCCUCGGCUUGGGCCUCGGGGGACAGUGGAGCCCCCUGGUGGAUGGGGGUCUUCAGGACAUGCUGAAAGUUGGUUCUGUAGAAAUGAGCGUGGGCCAAGUUUCUGCCAAAGGAGAAAGGCUGCAAAUCGAUGAAAACGUGGAAGUUCUGGUGCCGCCCAGCCCGGUUCGGCUCGGCAAGACGGUGGCGUUCGGCGUCUACAUGAAGACGGAUUCAAACGCAGAGCAGUUCAUACUGAGGGUGUGGUUCCAGUCAGGCAUCAACUUCCUGGCUGUGAAGCCCAGCAACCUCGUCGCGUGGGAGAUCAAACAGGAAAUGGCGCCGGGAAGCAGUUCGUUGGCGGUGAUGUGCCAGAGAAAGGCCUCCUCCACAGCAGAGCGAUUGGAGAGUUCCUCGUAUGAGGUGAUGCAGCUGGACUUUGAGGUGGAUAACGUGAUUAACCUGGUGCCAACCCAGACUCUGCACUGGAACAUUGAAUACCCAGCCGGCACGCAGACAGCCUCCAGGCAAACGGAGAAAGUCUCGCACCUCUACAUCAGCAACGCCGACAUACAGGGCAUCGUACCGCUGGCUGAGGACACGGAGGUGGUGAACACGGCCAUUCUCACCGGCAGACGGGUCGCCGUGCCCAUCAAGCUGGUUACCGUGGAAACCGACGGGCAGGUGAGGGAGGUGGACGACUCGGUCACCUGCAGCUCGACGGACGUGGACGUGGUCAAGGUUUCCCCAAACUGCGACCAGGUUCUGGUGAACGGCAAAGAAAUGCGAGGGCGCCAGUCGCUGGCGGUCAACUUCACCUACCUGCACCUGUCGGCCCAGCUGCAGCUCACCGUCUGGGUGCCCAAGCUGCCCCUGCAGAUCGACGUGUCGGACACCGAGCUGAGCCAGGUCAAGGGCUGGAGGGUGCCCAUCAUCACCAACAAGAGACCGACCAGGGACAGCGAGGACGACGAGGACGACGACAGGAAGGGCAAAGGCUGCACCCUACAGUACCAGUACGCUCUGGUGCGGGUCCUCACCCACUUCGUGGCAGAACCGUCCGACCCGGGAGGAGAGAUGGUGUACAUGCUGGGAGCCGACUGGCAGGCCGACAUCACACAUCUAGUCCUGGACCAGCUGAAGGUGGAGGAUCCGCGCAUUGCCAGACUGGUAGACGGACGCAUCCUAAUCGGGCGAGACCUCGGCAUCACGACCAUACAGGUUCUGUCCCCGCUGUCCGACUCUAUUCUGGCAGAGAAGACGGUGACCGUGUUGGAUGACAAGGUCACCAUCACAGACCUGGGAGUCCAGCUGGUCGCCUCUCUGUCCCUCAGCAUGACGGCGAGUCCAGGAAACUCCCAGGCCAUACAGCUGACGACGACGGCGACGGACCUGCUGCACACGCCCAAGCAGGAGGCUGCGAUCAGUGCGUGGAUCCAGUACAGCGACGGUUCAGUGACGCCGCUCGACAUCUACGAUCCCAAAGACUUCCUCCUCUCAGCCGUCUCAUUGGAUGAAAGCGUCAUUUCUGUUACCAACCAGGAGCAGCACUGGCCCAUCCUAGUGGCAGAAGGCGACGGACAAGGAACGCUGGUUCGUGUCGAGAUGGUCAUCUCCGAAACGUGCCAGAAGUCCAAGAGGAAGAGCGUGCUGGCGUCUGGAGUCGGUAACGUCGUGGUGAAGUUUGGAGCAAAGAGCGAGGACAGAGGAGUGAUGGGAAGAGGCGGACCGGAGGACGGAGGGAUGGACAACAGCACCAGCGAGCAGCGGACCAAGGAUGGAGACUGGAAGUCCAACAGCGCAGCAGUGGACCGGGAGGAAGGAGCCAUGAGGAAGGUUAGCACAACAACCAAGAGCACAGUCACCCACCGUGCGUCCGGCGGCAAAGCUGCCAGCGGUGGAAGCAGCAGCAGUCGAGGCAGCGGUCCCAACCAAUCAGGGGACUACAGCAGCUACCCAGCGCAGGUGGAGGUGCCAGGGACCGGAAACAGCGAGCUGGCCCAGACCACCAGAGGCCUGUCAGACCUGGAGAUUGGGAUGUACGCCCUUCUGGGAGUGUUCUGCCUGGCGAUCAUGGUCUUCCUCAUCAACUGUGUCAGCUUCGCUUUCAGGUACCGUCACAAGCAGGUGCCCGUGCUGGAGGCGGGAGGCAACAUGAACCACGCCCACGACUGGGUGUGGCUCGGCAACGAGGCCGACCUCCUGGCCGACCACUCCGACCAGUGCCAGGGCGGCCUGCCCGACGAGUGCACCACCAUCAUCGACCGGAACGAAGGAGGAUACGAGGAGAACAAGUACCUGCUGAACGGCGCCGGCAACACCUUGGUGAUGGGUGUGGGCUCAGGCAUGGGCACCAUCAGCGGGAGCGGCGGCGGCACGCUCGGACACCGGGGCAUCACCCACGGACAAACCUUGCCCAGAUCCGUCCCAGAACCGCAUCAGUGCCUUUCAGCAAUCACUACUGGCGGCAAAGACGUCACCGGCCAGGCGGAGCAUCUGAAUAAUUCCCCCCGAGCCACGGCGGCAGCCGCGGUCGCAGCCGCCAAACGCAAACGCGUCAAAUUCACGUCUUUUGCCACCGUCCUGCCCAACGAUAAUUCAGGCGGGGGAGGCCCGUACACCAACUCCUCCGUCCUGGUGACCAACGGGAGCGAGGAUGACAUCAAGUGGGUGUGUCAGGAUAUGGACCUGGGUCAGUCGGAAAUCAGAACCUACAUGGAGAGGCUACAAGACAAUCUGUGA